AUGUUAAAGAUGUCCCUCAAGAUAGCAGAACCCCAAUUGAAAAAUGCGGCAAAGCUUUUCAACUAUUACACCGCGUUAAGCAAGGGUUCUAAUGAAGACAGUGUCAGCUUAAACGUAUCUAAAGAACAAGAAUCAUUCUUGCAUUUUCCAUCGGUUACGAAUACAAAAGCUAGUGAUGUUGAUGUUGGCUAUAAGUCGUAUUCUAAAAAGCCCUUGAUAUUCUUCAUUGGUUAUCGGGAGACCGGUACCGGUUCUCGAAUUAACGGCUUUAGAAAGUAUGGUACCAGCUUGAGGAUUCCUGGCAAGAAGGAAGGAAGUUACAGUCAACAAAGGUACCUUUUUUUGUAUCAAUCCUCGGUGUGUAACUGUCAAAAAUCGAUGUGUAAACGAUUUGGCGGCUAUUUUGUAGCUCUAGAGAUAAAAGCGGCUGCCCAUUUUUUGUAG